AUGGAGAAAAUUGGAACUAAUUCUGAAGUCCAGGAGUCAUUUCUCAAGUUUGCAAAAGACCGAUUCAGAGCUUUAGUGGUACCACUCAAAAGAAGCAUCAGAGUAUUAUGCACCCAUCUCCCUAAAAGACUUAUUUUGCCGUACAAUUUCGAAAAGAUAGUUACUCUCUAUGGUUUGCUUGAAUCUUUCGAAAUUUUGCUAUCUCAAAGUCAGGUGGCUGACAAGGAAUUAGAUGAAAUCUUUGCACAGCAAGAAAAUUAUUCCAAGGAGGCACAAGGAAGUCGAGCAUUUAAUUAUAUUUCAGGCACAUUAGACAAGAUAAGGAUUGAAACUGUGCAGGCUCUAAGAUCUAUCAGUCAUUCUCUUGGUGGUCGCCUUCCAACUUCUACCAACAGAAUGUCAAGUUCAUAUAAUCUGUACGAUGUGGACUUGGAACCACUGGAUUUGUUGGUAAUUGAUGAAGCUGCUCAGUUGAAAGAGUGUGAAUCAGUGAUUCCCAUGCAGCUUAAAGCUAUACAACACGCUGUCCUAAUUGGCAAUGAGUGCCAUCCACAAGCUAGAGUCAAAAGCAGGGUGUCUGUUGAAGCUGGCUUCGGAAGAAGUCUAUUUGAAAGGUUGGGUUUGUUGGGCAUUUGGAGGACCUUCUCAACAUGCAGACCUAUGUUUGGUCCCUAUUCAUUGAUAAAUAUUUCUAAUGGAAGGGAGGAGGCAGAUGAAGCUGGGCAUGGUAUCAAAAAUAUGGUUGAAGUGGCAGUUGUAGUGGCAAUAUUGCGAAACCUUUAUAAAGAGAAUAAAGUUGGUCAGAAAUAUGGGAAGCUAAAGGACUUUAAAGUGAAAGUGAUGUAUGCUGAUGGGUUCUAUGGUGGCGAGGAAGAUGUCAUAAUAAUAUCUACUGUCGGGUCUCAUCAUAGUUGGGAAUCAGAUGGGUUCCUGUCUAAUCCGCAACGUGCUAAUGUUGCUCUGACACGAGCUAGGCACUGCCUUUGGAUUUUGGGGAAUGACAAAAAGUUGUGUAAAAUUGGAUGUUUCUGGGAAGAUUUAAUUUGUGACGCGAAGCAGCGGCAAUGUUUUUUCGAUGCUGAUGAAGAUGAAGAGCUAGUGAAAGCAAUGAUUAAUGCCUUUGGCGCGUUACCCCGCAGGCCGUAA